UUACACUCAUCAUGUUCAAGCUAAAUCGAGUGGCCUUACUCUUCAUUCGGCUAUUAGUGAUGUGGCAUGUCUUUGGAGAAAUUGCUAAAGACGACCACAGAGCUUUGCUAGUGUCCACAGGAGAUUCGGUGAUGCUGACUUGCAACAUAUCUGAGAAAACUGCAACACUGAUCACCUGGACCAACAACAGAUCUGUUUUUCAAUAUUCCAUUGUGCUGAAUCGCUGCUAUUCAAAUUUCUCAUUUCAUAGACUGAAAAUAAAUCAUGAGUUCCCUACAGAGCUAAUUAUUUUUAGUGCUCAACCUGAAGAUGAAGGACUUUAUACAUGUAGCAUAACAGACAGACAUGGCAUAAACAGCAUUACAUGGAAUUUAACUGUGUCUGAGAACCCCAAAGAGAUUCUUAAAGAUGACGACAGAGCUAUGCUGGCGUUCAGAGGAGAUUCAGUGAUGCUGACUUGCAACAUAUCUGAGAAAAAUGCAACACUGAUCACCUGGACCAACAGCAGAUCUGUUUUUCACUAUUCCAUUGUGCUGAAUCGCACACAUUCAAAUUUCUCAUUUCACAGACAUAAAAUAAAUCACGAGUUCCCUACAAAGCUAAUUAUUUUUAGUGCUCAACCUGAAGAUGAAGGACUUUAUACGUGUAAGAUAACAGACAGAAGUGGCUUAUACAGCAUUACAUGGAAUUUAACUGUGUCUGAGAACCGAGAAGAAUCCACUUCAUCAAAGUAUCUUCUACACAUUCUCCCACCUGCAGUUGGAUUCUUUUUAUGUGGCAUCACACUAGCUGUCUUCCUCUGCAGUUCUGACUUAUUUUUCAUUAGAUGCUCCAGGACCCCGAACCACGACCUUCAUGAGAUCAGGACCUUGAGUUUUGUCCAGUAUCAUGUUCAGCUGGAAGGAAAGGUGGUCCCUCCACAACCUCAAAGCUUUGCAGUGUACAGGACAGGAAUCACUUUGAGACGCUCUGUUCAAUCUGUGGCUUUUAGUGUGCUGACAAGAAGAAAGUCCAGAUAAAAGCUGAAAAGGAAACAAGGUAUAGAGUGGAAGGAGAGCUCAGGAGAAAGGUCACAUUGAGUUGGAAAACAAAACAUUACACAUUUCUUUGAAACCUCAUAUAGACGUCUUUUUUCCCCUUUUUGUGUAUAAUUUUAUGAGUUACAGAAAGUUAGGCUUUGGCUCUUGAUUAUUAUUAUUAUUACCUGAUUAUUUUCAUGAAGCUGAAAUUGUAUAUAUAUACAAUUUCCAAUAAGCAUAUAACAAGCAUAAAACUAAAGUCAUUCAGAUUAUGUCUGUUGUGUAAAGAUCUCCAGGUAACUUGCUGGUGAUUUUCAAAGAGAUCUGGACUGACAUUUGCGCUGCUACAACUAACACUUUCUGUAUCUGCAAAUAAUAUCUGAACAUUUGACAUUUUUGGUUAUUUAUCUGACACUGUUGUCUCACAGCAAGAAGAUCUUGAGUUUGAAUCCACGAUUUGACCGUGACUUUUCUAUGUGGAGUUUGAAUGUUGUCUCCGGAUACUCUGACUUCCUCCCACAGUUCAAAGACAUCCUGUUAGUGACAUUAAGUUAAUUGGUGAUUCUAAAUUACACAUAGGUGUGAAUGGGAGUGUGAAUGUAUGUUUUCAGGUUCCAGCCCAAAAAACUGAAUUGGAUCUGUUAUGACACGAUAUGUCACCAAAUUGAUAUGUUGGUUAGCAUAAGCAUGAUUUAAAAGAUGGCCUUAAACUAAUGUAUGUCUGAAGUUAAAACUGAGUUUUUAUUUUCAAAAUAAGUUGUCUUUUUCUUUUUAUACAAAGAAGUGGCUUGUUGUUGCAACAUUUUUACCUGUGCUGGAUUAUGGAGAUAUUCUCUAUUUGAAUGUUUCUGCUCAAUGUCUUCGAAUGGUUGAUAAUGUCUGUCAUGCUUCUCUAAGGUUCAUCACUAAUCGUAAGUUUCAGACUCACCAAUGUGAGUUAUACUGUCAGGUAGGAUGACCUGCUUUGGCCAGUUGGAGGAAGUCUCACCUAUACAGUUUUAUAUAUAAGGCAAUGUUAUUUUACCUUUAAAAAAUAUUUAAACUUAUAAACUGUAAAACCUUGCGCUUAAAUAAAAGAUAAACAAUAGGUUUUUUUUUCUGCAUUACUGUGAGCACCCUAUAUAAAUGCUAUUUUUCAAAGGAUGAAUCAGUCAUUUAUGCUUUGUGUUGGCCCAUUUUUCUGUAGAACCCAUUUAGAGCCCAUUGUGGCAGGAAGUGUUUUAAAAACAAAGUGAAAAAAAAGGGUUUUGUGGUCAUCACUUUGAGAGGCUCAGUUAAAGCUGUGAAGAAAACAGGAAAAAAUUCUGUGAAAAGCUGAACAGAAAACAAAGUGUACAAGAGAAAAGACACACUGGAUCAAUCAUUUUACAGUUCGGACUAAAAUAGAUCUGAACAAUGCUCUUUGCUGACAAUUUCUACAUUUACAGGCAAUAUCUGAAAGCAAUGUUAUCUUGGUUAUUUAAACAAUAUUGUUACUUAUUGGCUGCAGGUGGCAUAGAUCAGUAGGCAAUUUGUGUAAGAACAAUUAAAUAGAUUUCUCUUCCUAACAGUAGUAACACGUUAAUUCCAUUGUAUAUAUACACACACACACACACACACACUGAACAUAACAGAUAAGUGAAAUAGUUUCCUUUGCUUUUAGUGUACUUUCUGGUGCAAUGGACUAGUGAUGUGUCGGUCGUGAACGAAACAGCUCUAGAGCCGACUCUGUAAAGUGAACGACGGGAGCCGGCUCCUUAUUGUGAGCUGUGCUUUUUUCUUCUUCUUUCUUUCACCCUCUCUCUCUCUCUCUCACUUUUUUUCACUUCAAGCUGCACGUGAGCCUUGUGCUUGCACUGAGCAGAGGCGGGAGGGGCGGUAGUUACAUUCCCAGUAGCACAGGAACAGAGCGCGAGGGAGAGAGAGAGAGAGAGAGCCAGGGGCAACAACAAGAGACAAUAUCAUCACAUUAGAAAGGUAUAGUAAUCAUCCACAACUAUUUUCAGUUGCGGAUGAUAAAGGAUUCAGAAAGUUUAUUCAUGCAGUGAAUCCUAUGUAUGCAAUUCCAAGCAGGAAAACACUCUCAAAAUAUCAUCCCAGGCCUAUAUGACAGAGAACGUGCAUCUUCUUUUUGUUUUGCAUAUUUUAAUUUAUAUUUUAUUGUGUUGUGGUUUGCAGUGUUUUGUGUUGUUUCACUUUAAAUUUGUUUAAAAGGAAAAA